AACACUUUGGUUUAUGAUACAAGAAGUUUGUGGGCAAUACGGUGUUGUGAGAGGCGGUUGGGGUGACUUAUUGGCUAAUAGCGUCUUGCUAAGCAGGAAAAUGAGUCACACGAUACUUCUAAUCCAACCCGCACCAAAGCCGGAAACGAGAACAUAUUCCGAUUUUGAAUCGGUCAAUGAAUGCAUGGAAGGGGUGUGCAAAAUUUAUGAAGAACACCUGAAGAGGCAAAAUCCAAACACUCCAUCCAUCACAUACGACAUAAGCCAGUUAUUUGAUUUUGUUGACCAACUGACUGACCUCUCAUGCCUUGUGUACCAGAAAAGUACGAAUUCUUAUGCACCAUACAACAAAGAUUGGAUAAAGGAGAAGAUAUAUGUACUUCUACGGAGACAAGCAGCUCGAUCGCAGUAGUGCUCUAGGUUUGAAUGCCUUGCACAAACUGUCCAUUUUAUUUGUCAUAAAAAAGUUGAUAUGAUUUCAGUAAGCAUCCUGACUUUACCAAAUGGCUGAAACAAUAAUACGUGUGAGACAAAAUUGAAUCCUGAUCUGACCUCCAUUAUUACCUGAUCAUCAUUUUGUAUUGGUGUAUUUUUAACACUUCCGAGGAUAUAUUUGUUUUGAUGUGCUAAGUAAUUAUAAUAUUUGUUAUUUUCUGUGAAACUCGUGGAGGAAUGGAAGAGAAAGUGGGAGUAUACAGCCCAGAAGACUAUUGCCCCCCCCCCCUCCCCUCUGAUGCAAGACUAUUCAUGUCAUGGUGUGAAUCUAGCAUUUCUUAUUGUUAGUGUCUCUCUUAUUGUGGUGGUGUGUGACUCUGUACAGUUUCUGAAUUAUUAGUUACAGUAAAUGUUCAGUUCGCUACAGUACUCUUUUUUUUCCUGUUAAAAUAUGCAGUAAUUAGUGAUAAUUUAAUUGGAAUGUAGAUCACCACCUGGAAUGACGUUUGCAAAUGGAGAUGUAACAUUAUGAAAGUAAGGUACAAAUAGACUGUAAUGUAAGUAUUCAGUUAAAAGCUUAUUGUGUAUUGUAUUAUUCUGGCAUUUCUAAUUUUAUGCCCGUAAGUGUAGAUUAAUUGUAGUAAAUAUAUUUCUUUUGAUUGUGUAUAAUUUUCUGAAGCAUUUGGUUUUAUGGUGCCAAAUUGCCUGACAUGCAGUGUUUAACUAAGGAAACUCUCUAACAACUUUCUCUUCUGUAGUAGGAAUUUACAUAAUGCUGAAUUAUAAUCAGGCCAUGAUUAUGCUAAUAGUGUUUGUGGAUGUGUUUGUGAUUCUCAUUCACAUGUACUGCAUGUGAUUGGAGGGUAAAGCAGCAGUCUGUCCUCUUUGUGGCAAACAGUGUAUAAUGAAGUAUGUGUGUAAUGACAUUGUCUUACAAAUAGGUUUUCAAAACCAGGAAGCCUGUUUUUAAGUGUCCUCUUAUGAGAGGGCUGUUAUGCCCUGACUGUAAAACUCUGUACUGUGAAGUGAUGCUUCAGUGCAGCGGCUCAUUAUAAGGUGUUGUGAAAGUUCUCUGUUGGGAAAGGGAGGGGAUGCAGAUUAUACUGCUUGCUGUGUCUUGAACUUGGAGCCAGGCUAGUUGCAAGCUAGACUGGAGAAGAAGAACAUUUUGUUAUUCAGUGACUGUCAAGAAAACGUGUUGGCCUUGAUCUUGAUUUGUGGCAGGGACAUCUGUAGCUGUAAUCUUCCACUCACAACACAACCACAUCAGAGUAUGUCUCCUAUUCUUAGUGAAUAAGUUUGGAAGUGUUUGUGGAAAAAAUAAAGAUGCUAUAAAAUCAGAAGUAA